GAUUCCAAUGGAGGAUCUCCCUUUGCAGGACAUCUUACACUUCACACCUCCUCCUGCCCCUGUAGUUAUGUCUUACCUCCGGAGUGUUUGUCUCAAGGAAAGAAGUCAUGUCGACUGCGAAGAUCAUCUGGAGCGUCUAGCAGCAUCUAGUGGAAGGUGCCCCUCAGGUCACCGCGACUUGCUCGUAAAACACCCGGAGGACAAAGUAUCUGAGGCCAGUAUGACUUUUCCACUUGAUCUGCGGCAAACGAUCAACCAAUGCCAGUUCAUGACAAUAAACCCAUUCCUCCUAUCCAGCAGGAUACUAAAGCCAGGCAUCGAAGAAUCCCGAGGCACCGCACUGCCCCGUCUGUCCGACAAUUUGAGCGGAGCAACCGACGAGAUGAACUCGCACGAGUCCCUGGAUGACGUACUUUCACUGCAGCGGGUAACGAAUUCUCUGUCGUUGCUAGAUGCAAACUUUUCAUUGCCGGAACGGCACGGCGCGGAGGUCUCAGAGGAUGUUCUCAAUGGUCAGGUCGGGUUUCUCACACUGGAACCUGUCUCGGAUAAGGACCUGCCGGUAAACCCGGAGUCGUACAUUCGAGAGAGUGAGAUGGUCGAGGCAUUCAUUCGAAGUGCUAGGGGAUUCGUCAAGGACGACUAUACUUUUCUGAUGGAUGAGGUGUCUUCCCAGCCGACUAAUGAGCGCUAUCGAAGUCAGAUGCGCAAUGCCCUGGGAGGAAGGGUGCCAAAAGCUGUCUCCGUUUUGCUUGAAUCUAUAGUUCAUCUGGACUACGAGCCAUGGAUCAGGUACAUGGUGGAGGCGGAGGAAGAGGACAUGAAGACCACGAGCAGCCAGAGGGGUAGGUCUACGAGAAACAGUCAGAGGGGGCAUUUUUUCACGAACAUGGACACGGAAAAGAAAGACAUAUUGGCCCAAACGAGGUUAGAUGUAUGUGGAUGGGACACCACCUUGUAGACACAGACAUACGAAGCGCAUUUGUAACUCGGUGAACGAGAAGCUGCAAUUUGACCUGAUUUGAAUCGUGGGCCCCACGUGCUCCGAUGUGUU